AUGUCACAGUUUAACAUUGUUGCUGCAAUUGAAUCAUGCUGUUUUCUGUCAGGUGGAAGUGCCUCAAAACACUCAGUGCAACCAGACCUUCUAGAUGAUCAACAGAAGUCCAAUUACAGCUUUGAGGAAAGUGGAAGGACCUCAAAUUACUCAGUGCAAGGAGAACUUUCUGAUGGCCUACUGAGGUCCAAUUCCAGCUUUGAGGAAGAUGCGAAGUCCUCCAUAGGUAACUGCACUCUGCGGGAUGUUUUAAGGUACCUGAAAUUGAGCAAAACCAAUGAGAACUCCAUGGUACGGCCUGGUAAUCAAGGAUCUCCCACAAAGAUAGACCUGUAUGUAAUGGUCUUUGCCAUUAUAGAUGUGAAUGAGAAGGAUCAGAAAUUUGUUUCCUACCUUUGGAUUGAUAUGAUUUGGCACGACGAAAACGUAACUUGGAAUCCUGAUGACUUCUGUAAUAUUACAAACAUUAAUGUUCCUACUGAAGUCGUGUGGACCCCAGAUCUUACAAUUGAAGAGAUGACAGAGAAGGAUAAGGCCCUGCCGAGUCCCUAUGUCUGGGUUUUCAAUAACGGUAAAAUCUUUCAAAGGAUCAGCAUGGUGGUGACCAGCACCUGCAAGAUGGAAGUUUACAAAUUUCCUUUUGAUGUUCAGAGUUGCAACCUGUCUUUCAAAUCUGUCAUGCACUCUGAUGAUCAUAUACUAUUUUUAGAAACUGGUUCUUCUUCAUUGAAUUGGUCUAAGAAGAUGAUGCUGACACAGUCAGAGUGGCUUUUCAUUGACAUGUUGUCCAACAACAAAACUACUAACAACUUUGGCGUCAACCAAAAGAUCUUGGUUUACACUAUCACCAUGAAGAGGCGGCCUGUCCUCUAUGUCGCCAACUUCUUGCUCCCGGUCCUGUUCUUCUUCUGUCUGGACUUGGCCUCCUUCCUGAUCUCAGAGACUGGGGGAGAGAAGCUCAGCUUCAAGGUCACUGUGCUGCUCGCUAUAACUGUGAUGCAGCUUAUUCUCAAUGAGAUUCUGCCCUCCUCUUCAGACAGCGUUCCACUUGUUGCUAUCUACUGCAUUGGGAUGUUUGGUUUGAUGAUGAUCAGCCUCUUUGAGACUAUUUUGGUGAUGUAUCUGAUGGGGAAAGACAACGAGGCAGAUGAAGACCAAAGACUAAAGAGUGAGGAUUGUGAAGAUAAACGGAGCAAAGUCAGCUGCUGCAGCUGCUGUAAAGUGCUGAAGAAAUGGACCCACUGUGCUCAUGUCUGUGAUGUGUCUGUUGACGAACCUCCAUCUGAACUGCUGUCAGCAACCAAAGAGGGCAGCAGCAGAGAACUGACGGAGGAGUCCGUUGCCUUGGAGAAGCUCUCAGAUGAGCUGAAGGAGGUGAUUCAGCUCCUUAACAGCAGGGAGGAAGCAGGGAAGCUCGGCUACUGGACCAGAGUGGCUAAAACAAUCAACAAAGUUUUCUUCAUUUCCUAUGUCACAGUAGCCAUUGUGUUCUUAGUUGUUAUCUUUUCAUUAUGGAACAGUGAAAUAGACAAGUAGUGUUAAAGGUUAAAAAGCAUGAUUAAAACAUUUUGGACUUUAAAAUGUCAGUAGUCUGUGUUCACAUCUGUAGUUCAGUUCCAUUAUUCCACACGAAAGAAAAUAAAACCCAUUGUUGCGCUAUAUAAGCCAUUUUCAGAGGCUUUAUACUAACCUGUUAUAAAUAAACUACAUGGACCCACAGACAAAAUCAAAUAUAAUUAUAUAUAUUUUAAACUGGGCAAGCACUUUGCAUGGCCAUUAAUCAUCUACACUGUGUUAAGUCAGAUUAAAUAUUGUAGUCAGUCUUCCUGCAGGGCUAAGACUUAAAACAUUUAUGUUCAAUUAGGCCGCAACGGUCUCGUAACAUAAGCAAGGACUUUUGGUUUUAACUGGUGACAAUUCAAAUGAGGUUUAUUUAACUAAAAUGAUUGCUUUCUCAACAAAGUUGACAAAAGAAGUAAAGAAAGCUGAAAAGGCACUUUAACUUUGUGUAAUUCUGCUUUGAACAUACAACAUCUUAGUCAGUUUUCCAGCCGAGACUUAAAACAUUUAUGCUUACACUGUAUGGAUCAAUUAUGCUGCCAUAGUUUCUGUGUCAGAACGUAAGCAAGGAGUCCCAUUUUUGUUCUGUCUGGUGACAAUUCAAACGAAGUUUAUUCAACUGAGAUAACCGCAUUCUCAAC